CGCUCCAGAUAAUAUGUGUUAGAAUAAAAUAAGCGCUUUUAUUUCCCAUAUGACAACAUGUCGGUGGCAUUUUCAUCGGUGCGUCCAAGGAGUAAAGGGGAGGUAACACAGCAAACGAUUCAAAAGAUGCUGGAUGAAAAUCAUCAUUUAAUACAAUGUAUAAUGGACUACCAAAGUAAAGGCAAGACAGCUGAAUGCACACAGUAUCAGCAGAUCCUGCACAGAAAUCUUGUUUACUUGGCCACGAUAGCAGAUUCAAAUCAGAACAUGCAGUCACUACUACCUGCACCUCCCACUUCCAACAUGUCCAUGGCUCCUGGAGGAAUGAGUCAAAGUGGGGGACACACUCCGAGCAACCUCAAUGACAAUAUGGCACAGGGACUGGCCCCUACAUCAUUGAUGCAGAGCCAAAUGAGCAAUGUCUCCAUGAUGCACCAACAGUCUGCCACUCCACACUACUCCUCAGCCCAGGCUGGGGGCCAACACUAUCAGGGACAGCAGGCCAUGGGCAUGAUGGGUCAGGGCAGUCAAGGAAACAGUAUGAUGUCUCAGAGACCCAUGGGAUCUUAUCGCUCCUCACAGCAAGGAUCUGCACAGCAGUACUUGGGACAAGACGAGUUCUACGGAGAGCAGUAUGGACACUCAGACUCCAGCGAGCCCAUAAACCGGCAAUAUUACCCUGAUGGUCACGGAGAGUACACGUAUCAACAGUCUUCAUAUGGUGAGCAAGGCUACGACAGAUCAUUUGAUGAGUCUUCACAGCAUUACUAUGAAGGAGGUAACUCUCAGUAUAGUCAACAGCAGGCGCAGUAUCAGCAGGGCUCUGGCCAGCAGCAGCCCUUCAGCCAGCAGCAGUACUCCUCUCAACAAGGCUACAGCGGACAGCCACAGGGAUACGGUCCUGGUCAGGGUGGAUCCUCCCAGUAUUCUCAGUAUCAGCAGGGUCAAACACAGUAUGGCUCCUACCGCUCCUCCCAGGCAGGACCUGGAGCGCAGACGCAAAGGCCCUAUGCCUACGAACAGGGCCAGUAUGGAAAUUAUCAACAAUAAGGGACCACAUUGUUUUACUGUUGGAAGAAAAUAAAAAAGGAAUGGUUCAGCAGUGACGCGCUGGCUCAGCCGUGGAUUAGAAGACCUGGCUGCCUCAGAUUUAUUAUCCUCUCAUUAAUCAUCAUUCUAGCUAAGAAGACAUAAUGUAUUAAAAUGUGGUGCUUCCCUUGUCUGUUUUGCUCGCUGCAGGGUUGUAGCUUGUAGCUGAAGGUGUGGAGUGCCACUGGCCACCCAACGGAAACACAGGGUGCUUGUAGAAAUCAGGCAGUUAAUGUAAACCUUCCAUAUGGAUGAAAUAGGGUAAUAAAAAAGGAGCAGUAGUCAUUUGAUGAGCCUUAGUAAGUUGCCUGUUUCCUCCUCUUUCUUUUUUGUCUAUGCCUUUCACUUGACUGUAUCCCAUCCUCUGCUUAAAAUCUUUCUUUUAUUUUACAAGCCUCUGUUUUUAUUCUUUUUUUGUGGUGCCCAAAAUGGGCCCGUGGUUUGAGAGACUGAGGCUUUAAAAGCAAAUUAGCGCUGAAGGAAAUGCUCCUUGAUAUUUGUCUAACAGACUAGGUCCAGCUCUUGCUCUAAUUCCUAGUUGAGAUGCUGUUAUAUCUCAAGAUAUAUAGAGGUAAAUUAAUUUCAUGAAGGUGAAAACGUUGGUCCUUAAACCAGACUUGAUCAGGAUGUUGUCUGUGUUAGUAGAACUGUGAUGUGUUGCUGUGUGGUCUAACAUUAUGUAUUUCACUCUUUGCGUACGUCUUUCUGAGGUAAUAGACACAAUAGUUAGCUGACUUAUCCAGACUUAACAGCGCGUAUAACUGUCCAUGAUAAUCAUACAUUGUGGUAGUAAUUUUUUGGCAUAUAUUUUCUGUGGCAUUGCUCUACACAGACAUAUGUUAUUGUGCAGAGUUAGGAGGGGUCACACUACUCUGAUGCCAAUCAGUAAUGAUUUUAUAUCAAAACAAAUUGCCACUUUGUCUGCACUUUAGUUUGCAGUUUCCAGGCUGUUUUUAACGAAUGAUCCUCAAAAAGCCAAAGUAACACAGGAACAGAACGGCAUGUCCUGCACCUUUACUUCAAUAAGUGCAAUACACUCAGUCAGUCAUGUUAAGGGUUGGUUCAUAUGGUGAGCUUACACUAUAUC